AUGAAGACCUUGAAGGACCCUGAGAAGAGCAAACCGAUGGAUUUGGCAGCGCAUCUAGCCUAUCAUAAAAGAGAGGAUGCAGGGCUAAGUAAAGACUUCAAAGAACCAGAAAUGCGGCAGUCAGACUUCGAAGUAGAAGUCCACGAACAGGACGUAGCCAAUGGCUAUGAUCAUAAGAAGUUCGAGAUCGCCAAGCUGUCAGGGGUGACGAAGAAGUAUGACACGACAAAGAAGAACCAGCAGAGAGGAGAAGCAUUCGAGCAGCAACGAGAAUGA